AUGGUCGGAAAGGUCUCCGAGAGGGUUCUCCUGAGGGAGGGCCUUGAACGAACCGACAAUGGCAUGAAACUCACAACCUGGCCAGACGUGACGCCUAUCAACCAAAAGAACUACUAUACAGAUUAUAUGAAACGAGAUGACCAGGUACUCGCUCUGCGACUCCAAAAUGAUGCCACCCGGGAUAAGCUCGUACAGAUCCCGCUCCCCGUUCCGAACCUCGCCGACGACGAAGAUGGCGCCGCGACACCUUCUAAUGCUAUCGACCCCUCGCGCAUCAUCGUUAUUCACCCCGGCAGCCAGAACCUGCGCAUAGGUUUUGCCAGCGAUGCCCUGCCCAAGACGAUUCCGACCGCCCUCGCCACCAAGUUUGCGCGGACCGAGGCCGACAUGUUCGAGGCUUUGCCGCGACGUCAAUUCGAAGCCAAGACGUCCGAGCAGCAAUACGGCGAGGAGUGGUCUAAAAAGUACCAAAAGAUGUGCGCCGACCUCAAGAUCGAGAUGCGCGCCAACAAGCGCAAGGUGCUGCCCAACUCCAAGGAACUCGUGCAGACCUUCAACCGGCGAACGGAACCCGAAAUUAUUCAGCAGCACAAUGACCCGCUGGAAGUAGCAUGGACCGACGUCAAGAAACUGAAAAAGACCAACUUCGAGGCCGAGUGCUUCAUUGGUCACGAAGCCUUGCGAGUUCCCGACGACUCAGACCCCAAGUUCAAAAUCUGGUGGCCGAUUCAACAGGGAUGGUGGAACGAAGGCGGAUACGAAAGCCAGGAGCAUAUCUACGAUGACUUCGAAACACUUCUCGACAAGGCACUUCGACAAGAGCUCGGCCUGAGGACGAACAGCGAGUGGCAGCAGUACAGCUGUGUCUUCAUCAUCCCCGAUCUUUACGACAAGAAGUAUGUCGAACAAAUCCUGCACUCCUGCAUGACAUGGUUUGAGUUUAGCAAAGUCUGCUUUGUCCAGGAGAGCAUGGCGGCUACGUUUGGCGCUGGCUACACGCAAGCCUGCGUCGUCGAUGUCGGUGCACAAAAGACAUCCGUGACUUGCGUCGAAGACGGUCUUUGCAUUGAAGACUCGCGGAUCAACCUCAAGUACGGCGGCUACGACAUGACCGACACGUUCAUGAAGAUGAUGCUGUACGACCACUUUCCCUACCAGGAGAUAAACCUGCAAAAACGAUCCGAUUUUUUGCUUGCCGAGGAGCUCAAAACUAAGCAUUGCACCAUGUCGCAGGCCGAAAUUUCGGUGCAGCUCUACAACUUUCACGUCCGCGCUCCCAACGAGCCCACGCGCAAGUACACAUUCAAGACGUACGACGAGGUCAUUCUCGCGCCUAUGGGCGUCUUUGACCCCUCCAUCUUUGAUAACAGCACCAAACUUCGCGGAAGGCGGAAGCUCAUCGAGCGCUCGUACAACUCGUAUGAGGUGGAUCAGCCCGAUGAUCCUACCUCAGCUGCACAGCUAGCCAUUCUCGCUCUCGUCCAGCCAUCGCUGCUCUCCAGCGAGUCCCAGACUCAGGAGGUCUCUACGCCCAUGAAGGAGCGCCCCGCCUUCAGCUUCAAGAGCGAUGCCGGCGCCAACGGAACGCCCAUGGCCUCGCACGCCGGGUCACCCGCCCCUGAGGGUUCCGGCACACCGGCGCCUUUUGUCUUUGGUGCCGGCAAGGAUGGUUCCGCCGCGGGUACGCCUGUGCCUGGCGCCGCCUCACAGCCGCCAGCUGGCCUGUUCGUCGAGUCGCAGGAGCGCAGCGCAGAUUCCAUCGCCGCCGAGCGCGACGCUGUACUGCCCGUGGCGCCGCUCGACAUUGCCAUCCUGACCAGUAUCCAGAACGCCACCAAGGGCGACGAGAAGAAACUGCGCGAUCUGCUCGGCAGUAUCAUGGUCAUUGGCGGCGGCGCCAAGGUUCCGCAAUUUACUGUCGUGCUCGAGGAGAAGCUCAAGGCGCGCCGGCCGGACCUGACGGAACGCAUUCUGGUGAGUCGCAGCGCCAAGGAUAUGGACGAGCAGGUCGUCUCGUGGAAGGGCGCGAGCGUCUUUGCCAAGCUCCCGGCCAACGAUUCGUGGAUUACGCCGUUUGAGUUUGAGCGCCUUGGGCCAAGGACGCUGUACCACAAGGUGCUCUGGGCAUGGUAG